AUGCAGGACAACUGCCCCCUCGUGGCCAACCUCGACCAAGCUGACAGCGACGGCGACAGCGUGGGUGAUGCCUGCGACAACUGCCCUGCCCUCGCCAACGCGGGCCAGGGCGAUACUGACGGCGACAGUGUCGGCGACGCGUGUGAUCCUGACAANAAUGAUCCAGACGUAUCCGACGGUGCUGACAACUGCCCGGUCGUUUCCAACACCGAUCAGCUUGACACCGACGGCGACGGACUGGGCGACGCGUGUGACAACUGCCCGUCUGCUGCCAAUGCGGACCAGGCCGAUGCGGACCAGGACCUCAUCGGCGACGCCUGCGACACUGACAUCGAUACGGACAUGGACUCCAUCCAGGACGACUUCGACAACUGCCCGAACGACGUCAACAGCGACCAGGGCGAUGUAAACGCUGACGGCGUGGGCGACGUAUGCGAUUUAGACGCCGAUUCCGACGGUAUCCUCAGUGCGUUCGACAACUGCCCGCUCGUACCCAACGUCGACCAGAACGACAUGAAUGCCGACGGCGUGGGCGACGCAUGCGCACUCGACUUCGAUGGCGACGGCCACCUCGACGCCAACGACAUCUGCCCCAAGAACAGCGUCAUUUUCGAGCAGGACCUGGGGUCAGUUCCGCCUCCGGCUCGGCAUGCGGUGGUGUCGGGUGAAGUCGAAAUACGUACUUAUUUCGAUUUCGGCAGCGAUACCACGAAAUAAGCAGAGGCUAGCUUUACUUGUUGCUUACACAUGCAUCCACAGUGUAUGUGCAUAUCAAAGAU